GCGACCUCCGGCUGCUACCUGGCUGCGCGGGUCCGCGACCGCCGGCGGUCCGGCCGCAGCCUCCCCAGCCCACCCUCGUCAGCUGCCCUCGACACGCCCCGCGGCCAGAGAGGAAAGCCCCCUCGUCAGCGCCUCGCGUCCCCAAAGCCUGUACGCUCGCCUACCCGCCCCCGCCGCCUCCGGCUUCCUGCCGCCAGCGCCUCCCGCAACAGCCUACCAACCGCAGCGCAACAUCCGGGCCUCUCGUUGGCUGAGCCCCGCGCUCAACAACAGCCGCGCUCAUUGGCUGCAGCUGCCUUCAGCCCGCCUCUGGGUGCACGGUCUAAUGACUCCGCCUCCAACCGGGAAAAUGUCUCUACCCGGUGCUUCUGUUCUCCGCAACGACGCUUAUCUCAGUCAUACUUCGGAUGCCAAUAUGUGGGCAAAAUAUGGACUCCCAGUCUCCCUCGAGUUAUCUCCACCUGCGCCAGAAUCUCGGAGCCAGAACAGGAACGCCAAAACUCACCACCGCUUUUCUACCGUGAGAAACUCGAGGUGACAACUUCCGCUUCCGGUUGGCUCCAGCUGGGAGUUUGAAUACCGAGUGUCCUGAGAGGUCAGCGUGCUCUCAG